AAUAUUUAUAGAAGAUUAAGAUUUUGACUUUCUCUCUUCCUUAAAUAAAAGCUAAUCCCCAUAGAUUUCUUCACCAGUCACCACAACCCUCCUUCCUCUUUCUCUCCCUUCGUUCAUAGUCUCUCGGAUCCUGUUUAACAAACGUAUAUCUACGCCUGUUCAAGCUAGGCACAUGAACAUUUUCUCUCCUCGGUUGUUAUCAAACAGAGUUAACUUCAAACAAGACAUGAACCACGGUGAAUUUAUUACCGGAGAAACUCUCGCCGUAGAUCCUUUGUCUAACGCGGUUGCGAAACCUAGCUUCAACAAAUCAGAAAGUGGUCUAACUUACAACUUCAACUCCUUCAACGUUGUUCCACCGUCCACAAAACGUCCGCGAGUAUCUCAAUACCUUGACUCAGACGCUCACUUUGCGUCUGCGGUUAAACUGGGGUCCGGGCCGUUUGGUUCACCAUCGAUAAACGCUGAACUCGUGUCACACAUCCAAAACCAACAACAGUUAGAGAUUGAUCGGUUCGUAGCUCAGCAAACGGAGAAGCUUAGAAUAGAAAUCGAAGCUCGUCAGCAAACUCAAACGCAGAUGCUAGCGUCUGCCGUUCAAACCGCGUUAGCCAUGAAGUUAAAAGAGAAAGACGACGAAAUUUUACGGAUGAGAAACUUUAACUGCGUUUUACAAGAGCGGGUAAAGAGUCUUUUUGUUGAAAAUCAAAUAUGGCGAGAUAUAGCUCAGACCAACGAGGCACAAGCUAACAAUCUUCGAACAAACCUCGACCAAGUUCUUGCUCAAAUCAAAACGCUACCAACCGCUGUAGAAAACGACGUGGAGUCGAGCUGCGGAAGUUGCGUUGAAGGUGGUGAAGCUAUUACAGCGGUUAGUGGCGGUUGCAAGCGGUGCGGUGAGAGAGAAGCGAGUGUGCUGGUGUUACCUUGUCGUCAUUUGUGUUUGUGUACGGUCUGUGGUUCGGCUUUGUUACGAACUUGUCCGGUUUGUGAUUCGGUCAUGAACGCUAGUGUACAUGUUAACAUGUCUUCUUAACUUUUUUUCUCUUCUUUUAGUGCUAUUAUUAAAUUCGUAUUUUGUUUUUCUAGAAACUUUAGCUGUUUAAUUCUUUUAUUUUUAUAAGUACAGUUUUUUUUUGUAAA